UUCGUCUCCAUUGCUCCCAAAACCCUAGCCGUCCUCUAGGGUUUAUCUCUCUCUCUCUUUCUCUCUCGCCCCCCACUCACCCGGGAAAAAAAAAAAAUUAGGGUUUCGCACUCCGCAACCAUGAACGCUCUAUUAAGGAGAUCCGCCUCGAUCGCCGCCCCUUCAUCGUCACGCCAAACCCUAGCCGCCCUCCUGCGCUUGAUCCCCUCCGAAUCCGUCACCUCCGCCCCCUCCUCGAUCUCCAGCCUCGAUCACCUCCAUGGAUCGAAGAAAGGCGGAGUCUUUGAGAUCAGGGCCAGAGGGUUUCAUUUGGGUACGAGGAGCUUGGGGUUUAGGGCUUCGGAUGUCGCUCGAGCUGGGUUCGCGAUGGAGGAGAGGUAUUUUGAGGAGGAGAAGGUGGUGAGUUCGACGAAAGGGGGAGAUGACGAGGGGCUUGAGAUCGCUAAGCUUGGGAUUGAUCAGAGUAUUGUUGGUGAACUCGCAAAGAAGGGAAUAACCAAGCUUUUCCCUAUUCAGAAAGCUGUUCUCGAGCCAGCAAUGCAGGGACGUGAUAUGAUUGGUCGGGCAAAAACAGGGACUGGGAAAACUCUUGCUUUUGGAAUACCCAUUAUGGAUAAAAUCUUACAGGAUCAGAGGAAAAAUGGUCGUGGAAGAAACCCUCUAGCCUUAGUCUUAGCACCAACUAGAGAACUUGCUAAGCAAGUUGAGAAAGAAUUUAAAGAAUCUUCCCCUUUGGACACACUUUGUGUCUAUGGUGGUGUGCCAAUACAAUCACAAAUGAGGACUCUUGAUUAUGGUGUUGAUGUGGUGGUUGGCACUCCUGGGCGUAUUAUUGAUCUACUGAAAAGAGGAGCCUUAAAUUUGAAGGAAGUUCAGUUUGUUGUCCUUGAUGAAGCUGAUCAAAUGCUUGCUGUUGGUUUUGAGGAAGAUGUGGAGAACAUCCUAGAAAAUUUGCCCCCAAAGCGGCAAAGUAUGAUGUUCUCGGCUACAAUGCCUACAUGGAUAAAAAAGCUUACGCAAAAGUACUUAAAAGACCCACUUACUAUUGACCUCGUCGGCGAGAAUGAUCAGAAGUUAGCAGAAGGUAUUUCUCUCUAUUCUAUUGCAGCAGACAGUUAUGGGAAGGCAUCCAUUCUUGGACCUCUAGUCAAGGAACAUGCUAAAGGAGGAAAAUGUAUAAUUUUCACCCAAACAAAGCGUGACGCUGAUAAGUUAGCUUAUGGAAUGUCUCGGAGUUUUGGAUGUGAGGCUCUCCAUGGGGAUAUUUCACAGAACCAGAGGGAAAGAACACUUGCUGGCUUUCGUGAUGGUCGCUUUAAUAUUUUGGUAGCUACUGAUGUUGCUGCCCGUGGACUGGAUGUACCAAAUGUCGAUCUGGUGAUACACUAUGAAUUGCCAAACACUUCUGAGACUUUUGUUCAUAGGUCUGGUCGUACAGGGCGAGCUGGAAAAAAAGGAAGUGCUAUUCUUAUCUAUACUCGUGAGCAGUCUCGAGCUGUUAGGGGCAUUGAGCAUGAUGUUGGAUGCAAGUUUACAGAGCUUCCUACUAUUACGGUAGAGGGUGGAGGUGAAGACUUUUUCAGUGGCAUGGGUUCAUUUGGUGGUGGCGGUCGCAUGGGUGGUGGCCGGAUGGGUGGUGGUGGUGGUUUUAGCCGUGGAGGUGGUGGAUACGGCGGCGGCGGUGGAUAUGGUGGUGGCAGUUCAGGCUUUGGAAGAUCUCGUGGCGGUGGUGGUGGAUAUGGUGGUAGUUCAGGACGAAUGGGUGGUUUUGGUGAUUCUGGGUCUGAUCGAUUUGGUUCAUUUGGUGGUAGUUCGGGGUCAAACCGAAGUGGUGGAUUUGGAAACUCAAGCUCCAGAGAUUCUGGAGGGUUCGGAAACUUUGGCAGUUCAGGUUCGGGUUUUGGGCGACCAAAAAACUCUGGGAGUUCUGAUUCAGGCGGUUUUGGUGGGUUUGGUUUCGGGAGUUCCGGCAAAGAUUCUAGCUGGGAUAAAUUCUGACGAGGAUAUCAUUUCUCAGUUGUUAGAUUAGCCUCAUAAAGAGGAAAUGUUCGAGCGUGCUGAACAAAAAGAUAAUCGCAGCAAAUAUUUCCGUUUCGCUGCAGGACAAGACGGUCUGGUUUUGGUUCUUUGAUCAAGAUAUAACGGCAGGGGUCACGUCACAGCUAGUUAUUAUAUAAGGGGACUAUAUAUGGUCUUUUAAAUACAAGUGAAGGAUAAUGCAUGCUAAUGGACUUUGAUGUAAUUUUUUUCCCCUGUUCUUUUGGGUGGUCUGCGCCUACAAUUUGUAUCUUGAAGGGCAUACAAUAUAGCAGUUGUCGAGUAAUUUAUAUUUUUUAUUCAGA